AUGGUCUCAAUUUUUAAAAUAUUUCUCAUUUGUUUCAGACUAAUAACUGAAAACUUCAGAAUAAACUCUGGUAACAAUGCCACAAAACGGAAGCAGGAAGAAGCACUCACAUACAAUUAUAAAGUCAAAAUUAAACCACACUCAAUAGAUUUCACCCCACACUCUCCUAAUACACCAAGCAAGGUUCUAGGAGAAAUACAAAAGGCCUUAACACCUCAAAGAAAAGUAUUAGGUGAAAUACAAAACUCUCCCAGCUACAAACUAGACUCCAGCCCUUUAACUUUUAAGUCACAAAACUCCCCUAGUCUACAUGGAAUAUCCAACAUUCCAAACUCCCCUGUGAUACCAAAAACAUACUCACCAAGGAUCCCAAACUCUCCUGGAAUCUCUAAAAUUCAUAGCUCACCUAGAAUCUCUAGAGUCUCAAACUCCCCUGGUCUUUCGAGGAUAAACCAAUCUCCUGGUAUGUCAAGGAUUAAAAAUUCGCCAACAACACCUUUGACCACUCAAAAGGUUCCACAAUUGUACAUUAAAAAUUCACCAGCUAUGGAAAGACUGAAAUCUCCUUCGGGAGGCUUAAGGGAGAGAAAAUGGAGUAACCUGUCUAGGAUAUUUGAAGAAAGAACAAUGUUUAAAGCCAAUAAGGAGAAUGAAAAUCUUAAUAUUGAAGAGGAAACUCAAGAUUGUACAUUUGGCAUAGAAAAAAGUGAUAGGGCCAUGGCUAAGUUCGACUUCUCUGACAUUAAGAAAGAGAAAGAAAUGGACGCAGAUAUCUUGGUACCAGAAACGACCACCUCUCUGGAACCAGAUAUGGAAUCAUUACAAGAUUUAGAAGAGGAAUUCGACUCUAACAACUUUGAUGAAUGCACCAAGUAUGAAAUUAUAUCAACCGACAGUCCGGAUAUUAUUUCAAGUGGUCGUACGAGUUCCAGAAAGGUCAACCAAAGGAAUUUCGCCUUUGGGGCACCAUUGUCUGAAAACGAAACAUCCACUUCCUUUAACCGACCGAGCUCUUCCAGAGUUCUCAAUUUCGAGAAGAGGAUAGAAAGGUCGAAAUCCAACCGUACAUUGAACUUCGACGAGAGCCGGUCUAGUUUUGAUAAAAUGGAAUUUGAUCCGGAACAAAGUUUUGACUUCAACUCAAAGACUAAAACUAAACUCAGUUUUGAUGAUAGCAACUUUGAAGAGAGCUUCGAAUUCACCUCACCAAUGACUAAAGAUACCACACCGAGAAAGACUGUGUCAGUUAAAAAAUCUCUGAAGUUCACUGAAAGCCCGAAAUUUGAGAAACAGAGUAGCACAUCCAAGUCUCCCUGUUCGAGUAUAUCGAAGCGGUUGACAUCGGAAUCUAUGGAGAGCGGCUUCAUUUCUGAAUUUGAAGAACCAUUUUUGGACAUGGAAGAGAUCUCCAGCUCGCCCAAAAUUUCCAACUUCAGUGACUUGUUAUCUGGUCAGAUUAAGGAGAGCUUCACUGAGAAGCUUCGGCCUUGUGUGCAUAGGAGUUUGAGUUUCAAUCCCGUUUCAAAGAGGUUGAGAGAUGAACCGACUAGUUCGAAUAAGAGGUUAAAGUCUGAAACUUCUCUGGCUCCACAAAGGCCAGUUUUACAACGAGCUCUCUCAGAGAAUAAUGCAUCUAUUAUGUCUGCGUUAGCGAGAUCAUGUGUUGAACCAGACCUGAUUGGUGACUUCAGUUCUCCCUUUGCACUUCCACUCACAGCCGGAGACCACUCGGACCUCAAAUCGAUAUCCGGUGAUACACUUGCCGGUUUAAUUCGGGGAGAUUAUUCUGAUAGCAUUCACGACUUUCAGGUGAUAGACUGCCGUUACCCAUACGAGUUCGAAGGUGGCCAUAUCCUGGGCGCAGUGAAUCUGUCCACAGCAGAACAAGUAUUGGAACUGAUGAAUGCACCCCUGAACAGGGACAACCAGAAGCGGAGUAUAUUGGUGUUCCACUGCGAAUUCUCUCUUGAGAGGGGACCGAAGUUAUCGCGUUUCCUCCGUUCCUCGGAUCGAGCAAAGAACCAAGAAAACUAUCCCAACCUCCAUUAUCCAGAGAUCUAUCUCUUACACGCCGGGUACAGAUCGUUCUUCAAGAAUUAUCCGGAACUCUGCUCGCCAAACGGAUACACCGCCAUGCUGGAUCCGAAACACCGCCACUUACUUCGGAAACACCGGUCUUUGCAGCCGUCCGGAAGACGCAAUCGGCUGUUACUGUAG